AUGGCCGACUCCCCUCGCUAUGCAAUGGGCACACAGUCCUCUCAACGACGAACCAGCCCCAUUCGCAAGGGACAGCCAGAACGUCCCAGCACUCCAACUCGUCGGCCAACGACGCCUACCCUUGGCCGCCGUCCAACAACUCCAGCACCGGGACGCCGGGGCUCCAACACUCCUCUUCGUCGUCAGGGAUCGAGUUCAACUCUCAACCGUCCUGUCACGCCCACUGUACCGGAGAUACCAGAUGGCGACCCCGUGAAAGUUGGUUGGGUCACCACCCCAAAAACUGGUACAUCACCAGGAAGCCCAGAGACUCCAGCACGAAUCUUACCUGCUAUCCUUGAGAGUCCUCUUGUGAUGCCAUCACCUCGUUCGCGACAAGUCUCUCGUGUUGGUAUCACACCUCGCUCUCGACAGGUUUCGACCACCAAUGCGGCUCCUCGUUCACGUCAGGUCUCGCAGACUCUACCGGCUCCAGAAGUUGAUGCCACUCCCGGUGUCACCAGAGCGCCCGUGCUUGAAGUUUCUCCGACCGUCGUCAAUGCUCCUGUUGCCAGAACGACACCGAGUGUAGGUCGUGUACCCAAAGUUCGAUCGGCUCCUGCGACCGCACUUGUUCCAAAUGUUCAAUCUUUGGCGGGCAACAUCGUCAUUCCUUCAGCUGCAAAAGCUCCUCGAAUCGCAAAUAGUCCGGUGGUGGCAUCUCCUCCCGUCGUCGUGCUGGUUUCUGUGGCUCGGGUUGUGCCUGGAGUUGCUCCUAUGCCCUAUGCUGCUCCCAUCCCACUGUCGGCACCUCUGCCAGUUAUCGCACUGGUGCCUAUCAUCGUUAGGGCUCUGGCUACUGCUUUUGCGCCACGUGUUUCUGAUACCCCCAAGGUUGCUCGGUCACCUUUGACUCAAGAAGCUCCCAAGUCGACGCUGGCUUCAAGGUCAGCGAAAGCUCCCAAGGCUUUACCGCCGCCUCCCACUAGACUCCUCCUUGAUCAGUCCUAA